CGGACUUUCAUUCAGUAUAUCCGUCUGGUAUUACAUACCAACCAGGACCUCCCGAUUCACACGAAGCCAUGAAUAAUCGAGAUUUUAGGCAACAACGCCGAAAAAGGAGCUUUGAAUUUAUAAUGGGACUAAUUAAUAAUAACUCUAAGUUUGAAGUUAUUAGGUCAGAUUCAGUAAUGAAACCUGAACGGAUGUAUAACCAGACGUCUUCUAAAAACCAAGACAAUAGUAACGCUACCAGAUUACUCUUAGACCUAUUGUCUAAGAUAGUAGCAUUUCCAGAUCACUGGCGGCAAAUUCAUCAAGUAUUAAGAAGCUUGGACCAAGACUUAAUAAGUUCAGAAAAUAUUUUAAGAAGCAAACAAGAAAAGGAGAAACAAAAUUUUCAUAUGGAACUAAAAAGGAAAUUAAAGGAAAAGGAAGAUGUGCAAAGGCUUAAUUCGAUUUUAACUACAACAACAAAUAAAUGGCCCAACUUCGACGAUGUUGAAGAAAACACUGUGCCGACCUACACGGAAGCUUUUAAAAAAGAUGAAAAAUUUAGUGAACGAUUUCAAUAUCAAAAAAAUUUUGCAUAUCAUAAGGUUACAGUUUCAGGCAAACCGGCGGCACAUCUAAAGAAAACCCCGACAGCUUACAUCGCAGUUUCUGCAAUAUCUGCGAAAUCAUCGGAGCCUAAAGAGGAUUUCCUAUUGGAAACAGAGUUGCAUCAGCUCAAGCCGUGGAAAAAUAAACUUUCGUCCCAAAAAGUCUAAGCGUAUACAGGUGAUUUCUUAGAAUAUUGUAGCUUAUAAAAUACAGAGGUUUGUUGUAAAUAUUAAAAUAGUUUUUCAUCUAUUACUUCACUACAGAGCGUUUCUGGAUAUCAUAUCAAUAUUGCUAAAAGCAAAUAAUUUUUUUUUAAGUUUGGGAAUAUUAUUUUUACUCGUAUGUUUAAUCAUUAAUCGUUUAACUUAAUGUUACAAUAAUAUUGUCUCUUAUUUAAAAUUCUAAUUUAAGAAAAUAUAGCUAAAAGUGUAUAUCACCGUUAAAUUUUUAGGAGGCCCUACUAGAGCUUCUUUAGUUUUAGGUCACACAUAUGUAUAAUUAUGUAAAAUAUUUAAGAAUGUAUAUUUUAUAAUACAUUUAGUAAUUAGUAAUUAAUAUCAAUUAAUAUCAUAAAACUAUAGAUUUUUCUAGAAUAAGAGUAUCUUAUAAUAUGUAAAUUUACUGUAAGUAAUGCGUUCAUUUUAUAGCAUUUCUAGGCAUGUAACUAUAAAAUAAGCAAGCUUGGCAUAUGCACAUUAUUGAUAAAUUAACACGUACAAACAGACUUAAAUUAUAUAUUAUUAUAAACUAGCUACAUUCCAAUAAAAACAUUUUAGUAUCAGUUUUGGGGGGUAUUUGAAUUUAAAGAUACGUUUUGCUAGAAGACAGCUGCCAGAAAUAAAGAAGAUAUCGUGAAUGUACGUGGACAACGCCGUCAAACAUGCUGGAAAGUAAAUAUUUCUGGGAAAUAGUUAUAUCAACAAGAUAAUAUGUACUUUUGCUAUACAUAUAGAGUCGGAAUACAUAAAAGUAGGUUUAAUAAAAUUUAUCUAGCAUGGAGACUCACUCUCCAGUUCAAAGAUUGCGGUUAACUUAAAAAAAAACCCUCAACUAAAGUCCUUCUCCUUAAAAUUUGAAGCAUGACAACUUGUAAAUUUCGGUAUUUUUUUAAAUUAAUUUCCUAUUAUUAUAAAUUAACCAUACCUCCAUGUAGUCACCGAUCGAGUUUAAAAAUCAUGGUAAUCAAAGGGUUUUAAAAGAGGAGGUUGUAAAGAAAAGUUGCUUAUUCAGUGAGCGAAGGAUGAUGUGUAAAUCAAUGUAAAUCCUUUUCUAUUGCUACAGUAAGGACUUUGUCUAGCCUGCAUUAUUCAAAUUAUAUUACUAGGAUGUAUAUUACAUUACUGAUUUUUAUCUAAGAAUAUAUUUUGAAGUUUACUGAAGAACAGCAUAAGAUUAAUUAAAACAGCAACUAUUUAUAGACUCAAUACAGUUCAUUAACUAAGCAAAGAUACGAGAAAGGUCUGAACAGUUUCCGACCUAAGGAAAAUUCAAAAAGUUUUUUCUUUAAAAUCAUUUCUCUAUAUAGUAUCAUUGUUAGUCUUUACACUUUUCCUGCUCCCAUCUCUUUAAGCCGUCCAUAUAGUGCUUCGUAAAAUAAUUGUUUAUAAGGUGGUUGCCUCCUCAUUUGGAAAAAAUCUCUUUUUUUGGAGCUAAAUCUAGUGAAUAAGGUGAAAAAAGAAGAAAUUCAAACCAUCAUUCAUAAAACAAAUAAGCUCAUUGUCUUCAUAAAACAGAUUUUUUUCCACAAAAAUGACAAUUUUUGGUUAAUUUCUGCUUUGAGCAGCUGUAGUGGUUUUUCUGGUUUAAAGAUCAUCGAUUAAUAUAACUACAUGACUAUCACAAAAAACAGUCGCCUCCACUUUCAACAAAUAGCAGCUCCUAGUUGGAAAAAGGGUUAGUUGGAACCAAUUCCUUCUUCACAAUCUGUGUUGACCGUAUUUUUGUUUUCGGUGUAUCCAAGUUUAGCAUACGAUUUUUAAUCAGCACCAAAACUCUGAUUUAUUACACCUAUACUGCUGCAACAGACCAACGAAAAUGUUGUUUUGAGGAGAUUUUUAGUCUAAUGUGAGCAAAUGCGGCACAAACACGUGGAUAGCAUCGUCAUGGUCCAUGUUCAUAACCUCUGCUAUUUCUCUCGCUUAAAAUCAACGUCAAUUUGGUGAAUUUUAUGAUUAUCGUCAGUGGCUGCACUAUCUGUGUUUUGAGCGUACAGCCAAGCUGGUACGGCUACGUUUAAAUUGAGUUGCCAAAAAUUUUACAUCUAGGAUCCAACUCAUUUUUCGUCGGCGUAAUCGUAUUUUUGUUCAAAGAAACAAAAUCAUAAAAGUACUCAAACCAUUGUUAAACAACAACUACUUUGAUUUUUUUUUAAGUUCCAUCAAAAGUUAUUGAGAUUCACUUCAACUUUACAAAUCAAUCAUCAACGGAUGUUAAUAGAGUAAUGCAGUAUACGAAAGCUAAUGUGGUCUACUUUUUUAAGAAAGUGGCAACAGCUACUUCCUUGUCCUUAAGCGACCAAUGCUGACAACUAGGUUAUCAAGGGCUAAAUCUGUUGACUUUCUUUGCAUUCAGAUCUCGCAAUAUAAGAGAGGUGCUCAUCAAUAAUCUGUUUUAUGUUUUUCAACAAAAAUGGUCUCGAUAAUUUUCACCCAUUAUUUGUAUGCCAGGCUGAUCCUAAUAGUUUUAUUAGACGAAGACAAAGGAUUUUUUUUCGUUAAGAAACCAUCCCAAUCCGUAAACCAUUAUGGGUCUAAGGUUGACCCUAUCUAGCCUUUCAUAAUAAUAAUAAUAAUAAUAAGCUUUAUUUUCAACAGGCUAGAAAUACCCAGUUACAGAAAAAUUAAUUAAAUAUAUAAAUGUACAAGUACGAAUGCAUGAACUAUAUUAGAUCCAUGCAACUAAACUAUACAAGAAUUGCUAAAUAAUAAAAUAAAAGGUGAGUUUGAGAAAAUAAAUAAUAAAAAAUCAACACUAAAUUAGAAUUAAGAAUUAAUUUAAAUCAAAAGAGCAGUAAAAAAUGAGUAAAUAAAUGUAUUCAAACUAAGUACUAAGUAACCUAGCCUCCCCCACCGACCAUACGCAGGUGACUCAAGUGCCAGAUUGUCAUGGUGAAUAUCACAAGAAUCGGCAAUAGUGUUAAAGUUUUGACACAUAAAGUGAAUAUGACUCUGGUUUAGAAUGUUGGACCUGGCUGUGUCAAAGUUAAAAGCUGAACAAAAACUAGAUCCUGGGCGUGGUAUAUGAAACCAAAUCCUUUGUAAAAGAGAUGGGCAGUCAAUUUUAUGGUUAAGUAAACUAAACAAGAGUUUCACCGAAUGCAUUUCACUUCUCUUCGCAAGUGACCGUUCAGUAUAUCUAGACAGCAGCAGGUUAUGGUCAAAACCCCUUGGAGGAUAGACUCCAUAAUCCUUAAAUGCCAAACAUUUAAGGAAUCGCCGUUGGACUGGUUCAAAUUGGUGAAUGUGCUGGUUGUAAAUGGGAGACUAAAUGAGGGAGCUGUAGUCCAGCCUGGAUCUAACAAAUGCAUAGUAGAGAGUUUUGGCAGUGGCAGUGUUCGAAAAAAGUAUGCAAAUUCUAAUAAUAAAGUCCAGCAUGCGAGUAGCUCUAGAUACAGUAUCUUCGAUGUGAGGAAUAAAAGAAAAUUCUUGGUCAAAGGUGACUCUAAGAUCCUUAAAGCAGGUAGGCAUUACUAGAAACUCUCCAUUGACUGAGUAAUUAAAGACAACUGAACUUUGGAUUCGAAAGUAGCUGGCCACAUUACACUUGGAAACAUUACAGUUAAGCCUGUUCAAAGUGCACCAAUGGUGUACAGUAUUGUUCUCUUGCAGUUGACCACAAUCUGCCAUAGAGUCAAUCCUAUGGAAAAGCUUUGAGUCAUCAGCAUAUGCUAACCGAGAGGGUGGAGAUCAAGUCAUUAGCGAAAACGUUAAAGAGAUGGGGGCCCAAGUUAGAGCCCUGAGGAACUGCAGAGAUGGGUGAAAAAUAAAACUAAAGAUUUCGAUCCCUGCAAACUGAGAGCGGUCAACUAAAUAGGAGUUAAGGAGCUUUAUCAAACGACCGGAGAAUCCAAACUGGCGUUCAAGCUUAUUUAAUAGGAUGAAGUGGUCAAUCUGGUUAAAAGCCUUUUGAAAGUUUGUGUAGAUAACAUCGAUUUGACCUCUAUCAUUAAGUGCUUCACACACAAACUCAGAGAAGAAUGCUAGGUUUGUAGUACAUGAUCCAUAGUCUCUCUAGUUUGUAGUACAUGGUCCAGUACAUCGACCAGAAACGAAGCCAUCUUGAUCGUUGGCCAGCAUGGACUUAACCUUGGAAAAAAUUAAUUUAUAAAGAGUCAACUCGAAUAACUUUGAGAAACUACAUAGAAUGGAUAUAGGGCGGUAAUUCUCUAUUGUUCCAGCAUCGCCCUUUUUAAGGAUAGGGCAAACUUUGGCUUGCUUCCAGAUAUUGGGAAAAAUACCUGUGAUCAUUUUUAGAUCUAAAGUAUGCUUUUUCUAUUUUUAUUGAUAAAAGUUCUAAAAACUCGAUGCCUGACUAUUUGAUGGACGUAUCCUACUCUAGUUGAAUAGUUGAGCGGGAACACACCGCUUUGGUUAAUUUUUGUACUACCCCAGGAUGUAUAGUGGGCAUUUGCAUGAACACAUAUAUUUGACACAUUGUAUCUUGUAUAGUAGGCUCUUCAUGUACGGGAUGCUGAGUAAAUUAAAUUUCUUUCCCAACUGCUCCUGGUACGAAUAUGUGAGCAGUUAUAUACUAUACCUGCAGUAGCCCUGCUGCAGUGGCCUGUAACAAGAAGGUGCUUAAUAUCUUUCCUGAUAAACAUGCUCUCCCUAGGGUUAGUACUAGAGAGAGGUUCAAUUAUCUUAGCAUAGAUCUGUUUAUUGUAUGAAAGGAAUGAUGUCUUGGCUUUCCUUCUCUCCAACUCCCGAGAGCAACGUUAACGCCAACUUUAACAGUUGGCGUUGCCCUUAUCUUUUUGUUCAUAUCGAGAAAAGAUAUCUGUGAAGCCUCCUUACCAGCGACAUGCAUCAAUGAAUCCAAAGUUAUUGAGAUGAACUGAUUAUUGAACUGAUAAUCAAAUCGUCGAAAUUCAAAUCUAACUAAUAUUUAAUUUUUUAUGAACACGCUUGUUGUAAUAUUUAUAUAGAAUUUGAGAAAAUAUUUUUUUUAGAUAAUUUAGUAAAAAUUAGGUUUUUUUUUUUAAUAUAUCUCAGAAACUAGGAGUGAAAAAUAGCUUAACUUAACUUUACUUAAAAGUAAUGUAUCCUUAAAAAAGAAAAUAACUAAAGUAAAAUCACUUUCGUUUCUUAGGGAUUCUUUAAGUAUCCAAAUUGCUCUGAAUUGCCAAAAUGGGCUAUUAUAUAUAAAAAACUUAUAUUUAAUAAUUUAUUAAGAAUUCCACUAAAAUCGUUUAACGGGUAAGCAAGACAUCUUAUUUUUUGUACAUUUUAAAUAUUAUUUUAUGAAGAAAGAAUUUAGCACUAAUUUGCUAGUCUACUGGUAUUUUCUUCGAAACUUUCAAGAACAUCAUAUAUAAAUGUAGCUACAUACUAUACUGUUUUUAGAACCUACCUACAUAUCUUAGCCGAACAAAAAUAGGUAGAUUUUUAUUCAUUUUAUUAAUAUGCUGUUAAUGAUGCAAGUAAAAUUUGUCAAAUAUGUAAACUUCCCUAGCAUUUAGUCUAAGUAAUUAACAAUGUAAAAUUGUAAACAGAUAGAAUAGAAAAAAAUAUUGUAGACGUAUAACGUAAAAGAACUGGAAUAUUUUUUUUGUAU